AUGUCUAUCGACUGCCUCUCCCUUCGCCUCGCUCGCUCCGCAAACGUGGGUCUCAAGCUGUACAUUCUCGCGGGGUCCCAUAAUGCGUGGAUGAACAAAGGGCCGAGGGUAUUGCGGCUCGUCGUUGCACAAUCCGAGAGAGUGUGCUCGAUGGUGCUUCCCUGUCUCUCCCCAUCGCUCGACACUCUCGAAUUCCUCCUGGGAGACAGCACCUGGCCGCUUCUCACCCACAUGCGCAUCUUUAUUCCCCCGCGGGACGUUCUCAGUCCUGACAUUGAGCACCUCUUUGACUUACGACCCCAACGGUUCCCCGCACUCGACCAUCUCUCCCUGGCAGGGACACUUCUUCCACUCCAUCCACAGCUCAUCCGUACCAUGAAAUGGCUCAAGCUGUCCCCUGCACACACACCGGAUCCGACGUUGUCACUCGGCGACUUCUUCGCGGAGUACUCCGGCACCUUGCCUCUCCAGCUGAAAGAGCUAAUUAUCUCACAACCCUACUCAGGCUGUUCGCAACACCGGAACUCGUUCGCGCACAAUCUUAGAUUCCCGCAUCUGCGCUCACUCACCAUAGCCAGCCGUCAUCCGCACGAAACGGCACCGCUCUUACGCGCCGCCCUAUCCUCUGUUCCCGUCGAUGUGUACAUCGAUGUCAAGUGGUGGGACCAAUUCUUGCCUUUUUCAACGACUCCGGACCGACGAAGCAUCGUGGAAGCGCUCUUCCCGACGCACAAGCACUUUGAAGACCUCCAGCUCCCUCACGUUUCCUCCCUCGUCGUCGGAGUAGCGUUCCACAGGAACCUGCUCCGAAUCACCGCCAGCCACCACCCACGGCAAACGCCAGGAUCGCCCGCGCGCGAGACGAAGCUGUUCACGCUCUCGGUCGCCGUGGAAGACUCGCUCCUCGCCCCCCUCGUCGCCUUCUACUCGCUCUCGGACCUGCUCUCGGACCUCCCGCUCCUCUUCCGCGGCGCGCCCCUCACGACGCUCUACCUCCUCGCCUCGCACGCCGACGCGUCCUCCGCGCCCGUCGAGAGCUGGCGCACCCUCCUGCGCGGCUUCCCCGGCCUGGAGGCGCUGUCGGUCCUGGGCGCCGCCGACCCCGUCGCGCUCUUCGACGCGCUCCGAGUCCCGCCGGAGGACGCGGCGCACGGGCCGCUGAGCGCGGGCCUGCGCGAGCUCGAGAUCGGGGACUUCGAGUACGAGGUACCCGAGGAUGGGGACGCGGUCGUCGCGGUGCAGCCGCGGGGCUCGCCGGAGCUGGUGGCGGCGAUGGUGGAGUGCUUUGGGGCGCGGAGGGGGGCGGGGGUGGAUCCUCUCCCGCUGCUGAAGCUGCACCUAGGGUGGAAAGUGAAAGAGGUCGUUGGCGUGGAGUAUGAAGAGGAGCGUUGGCCAAAGCCGGUGGAUCCAGAGCCGGACUUGAUGGAGGAGGCGGAGACGGCGGAGCGGACGGUGGAGGAUGUGGAGGAUGGGGGAGAUGUAGCUGUGGUUAUGAGUCGAUGCGAGGCUCAAUUGAAGGAGCUGGUGGGCAAGUUAGAGUACAAAUACUUUUGUCAUGGUUGA